AUGCUGCUGAACGUUGUGGAUGAAAUGGCUGGAGGAGGUAGUGAGUCUGACCAUGAGGAGAAGGCUGCUGGUGCCAGUGGAGGUGACCCAAGCCAGAAGGAUGAGAGCCCACCACCAAAGAAGGCAAGAAAUGAAAGCCUGCAGGACAUGUACAAAAAAAUCCUUGCAGAGAAUGAUAACAUCAAACAAGCAGCUACUGGUGAAACAGCUUUGCAGGUUAGUAAAUAA